GGAAGUGACGGCCCGCUUUCGCAGAAAGCGUUGUUUUGCUUCAUCUUCAGCUACUUUUCAGCCAAGAAGACACCUGUUUUACAGUCAAACUUCACUAUGUCUUCAGAUUUUGAAGCCUAUGAACAGGACUUUGGAACCCUGACAGCAGAAAUAACCAACAAAAUUGGAAGGAUCCCCAAAUUAGGUGGAGAGGAGAAGACACAGCUGGUUCUAAAUGUCGACAAACAGCUCGAAGAAGUCAGAGAGUUGAUGGAGCAGAUGGAUCUGGAGGUGCGUGAGCUCCCCAUCCAGAGCAGAGGCAUGUACCAGAGCAGACUGAAGAGCUAUAAGGGGGAGAUGGAGAAGCUGGAGAAAGACUUUAAAAGGUCACGUAUCGCCUACAGUGAUGAGGUGCGGAACGAGCUCCUGGGGGAAGACGCUGGCUCCUCUGAGAGUCAGUUGAUCAAGUUACGUGAAGAGAGAGCACAUCUGUUGGACAACACAGAGAAGCUGGAAAGGUCAUCUCGGAGGCUGGACGCAGGCUACCAGAUAGCAGUGGAAACCGAACAAGUGGGCCAAGAGAUCCUGGCUAACCUACACACCGACCGCGAGAAGAUCCAGAGAUCCAGAGAUCGGCUGAGAGAGACAGACGCCAACCUGGGCAAGAGCUCCCGCAUCCUAACCGGCAUGCUGAGAAGAAUCAUUCCAGAACAGAGUCCUGGUCUUCGUCCUCGGCGCCAUCAUCCUCAUCACCAUCAUCCUGGCUAUCUAUUUCAAUGUGCGAGGGCACUGAUCUCCCUAAUUCUCUCUCUCACACACACACACACACACACACUCACUCACUCUCACACACACACACACACACACACACCAGGCGUGAUUAAUAGCGACAAAAGCAUUGCUCUGGAGUAAUUAGGACAAAUGGUUCCAAUGAAUCACUUUCCAGGCCAUGACAGGGGUCUCUCUCUCUCUCUCUCUCUCGCUCUCUCGCCCCCACAGUUUUUGUUCUAUUGUUUUUGAUAUUAUUCAUGGUGUUGUCACUGGACUGUGUUUGAUUGGGAGAUCCAUCUUUUCCCUGGGUAGAGAGAGCCUAUGGGGAAUUCAAAGAGUUUAGAUGUAAAUCCUGCUAGUGUUGUUUAUUCACUACUUCCAUGGUCUAACUUAAGGUGUCCGCAGUCCCUUUUCUCUGUGUGUGUGUGAGUGCUUGCCUAUCUGUACGCAGGGCUUUUCUCUCCCUCUUUGUCAGACCAGCUUUCAAUCCAUCUAAUGUAUUAGGCGCAAGACUCAACUCUUAUUAACAUGGGGGCUUACUACAUGAGUCCACAGUCACACACAGCCUCCAGGUAUAAAGGACAGUACCUUCAAAUAAGAGGUGGUAGUCRGUCACCUCUUUCCACACGGUUGGGCCCAAAUAUGAGAGAUACAUUCGUAAAUGGAAGACUUAUUCGACUUAUAGAAAACGCAUGAAAAGGUUUMCUUCUGUUUUGACUCGAGGAAGGAGAUCCAGUUUUAUUUGUCCGUCCUCUUCACAAUAUUCACUCGUAUCAUUGAUGUCUAACUGUGAGGGAUCUCAACAUUGUCCAGACUCCAUGAUAUUUUGUUCAUACACACAUGACAUUAAUAUAGAAUUGAUUAUAGUAGUCCACAUACAGCACUAACUGGCAAAUCUACAUAAAUGUACGCAGAGAAAAAAAGGCUUUUAGGUUUUUCAUAUUACCAGUUAUUCUGUUACUAUUUAUUUAUAUACAUUGUUUGAGAAUUGAUGAUUUAUUUUUGUUGAUUAUCAUUAAAUGUACAUUUAUGGAGUCUAUUGUAAAUGUAACCUGACGCAGACCAAUCGUCUUUGGCCAGCGAAUCACAUGACAUGUAUAGUUCGUAUUUCUCCAGGACCAGUUCAAUCAUGGAUUGCUUUGAUUGUGUGUGAAUUCAGACUUAAGUCAUUUUUAAUAUAAAUGAAAUUGCUCUGUUGUCCUAUCUAAA